AUGUCUUCAUACUCUUCUAGUAUACCAAGUUCCUUCUCAGCAUCACCAACUUCAAGCUAUGCGUCGCUAUCCUUCAACAGCCAGUCCUCUUCCUCGUCAAGAGAAAGCGGAACCGUCGACGAUGAAGUCGACAUGAUCAAGACAUGGUUCUCGGUGCUAACCGACGCCGAAAGAGCAUCUGCUCUCAACUCCAUCGUCGAACUGCCAAGCCUUCGGGAGAUCGAGCCCUUGAUCCAAGCACUCAAGGACCGCAAGAAAGAACUUUGGAAGCAACAACAAGAGCUCAUCAUCCAACCGCCAGUGAAGCCCAAGUGGAUCAUGCCGACGUUCCCACACAACUCACAAGAUCCUCGAUGGGCAGCCAAAUGGCUUCGAGCUCUAAGGCUGCACAAAUACGAGCAGUGUCUGGUAGGGUUGACUCCAGCUCAUGUAUCACGUCUCGAGGACGAGGACUUGCAGAAGCUGGGUAUCGACACCGUUGGUGCAAGAACCAAAAUGCUUCGAGCAAUUCAUAACAGAUAG